CUGAGGCUGCCGGGGACCUCCUGGCGCACGCGUGUCUCCGGCCGGACCGGGAGGUGGGCGGCUGCGGCACGCGGCGGUGGAGGGCCCGGGCGCCCCGCGGGGAGGCUGGACAGCCCGGGCUUGGCCGAGGGUGCUGCUCCACCGCCGGCCGGCACCAUGGCAUCGCUGGCCGACCGGGUCCGAGGCAACGGGCGCAUCGCCGCCGGGCUCCUGUUCAACUUGCUGGUGUCCAUCUGCAUCGUAUUCCUCAACAAAUGGAUCUAUGUACACCACGGCUUCCCCAAUAUGAGCCUGACCCUGGUGCACUUCGUGGUCACCUGGCUGGGCUUAUACAUCUGCCAGAAACUGGACAUCUUUGCUCCCAAAAGUCUGCCUCUCUCCAAGCUCCUCCUCCUGGCCCUCAGCUUCUGUGGCUUUGUGGUCUUCACCAACCUUUCUCUGCAAAACAACACUAUAGGCACCUAUCAGCUGGCCAAGGCCAUGACCACGCCGGUGAUCAUAGCCAUCCAGACCUUCUGGUACCAAAAGAGCUUCUCCGUCAGAAUACAGCUCACGAUGAUCCCUAUAACUGUAGGUGUAAUCCUAAACUCUUACUACGACGUGAAAUUCCACGCCCUUGGCAUGGUGUUUGCUGCCCUCGGGGUGUUAGUCACGUCCCUCUAUCAAGUGUGGGUGGGCGCCAAGCAGCAUGAAUUGCAGGUGAAUUCCAUGCAGCUGCUGUACUACCAGGCUCCCAUGUCUUCCGUCAUGCUGCUGGUGGCUGUGCCUUUCUUUGAGCCAGUGUUUGGAGAGGGAGGAAUAUUUGGUCCCUGGUCAGUUUCUGCUUUGCUUAUGGUACUACUGUCUGGAAUAAUCGCUUUCAUGGUGAACCUAUCGAUUUACUGGAUCAUUGGGAACACGUCACCAGUCACCUAUAACAUGUUCGGACACUUCAAGUUCUGCAUCACCCUGUGCGGAGGAUACGUUUUAUUUAAGGACCCUCUGUCAGCUAACCAGGGACUCGGCAUCUUAUGCACGCUGUUUGGCAUCCUCGCUUAUACCCACUUUAAACUCAGCGAACAGGAAGGAAGCAAGAGUAAGCUGGUCCAACGACCCUGAGCUUUGGCGGAGAAAAGAAGGCUGCACCAAAAAGAUGAGAAAUGUGUAAGCUGGUGGAGAAGCUGCCAUGCAGCGUCCCCAGUGACUUACAAGAAGUAUUUUCUUCAAAUAUGACGACUGUUAGUACUUUUCAUCGAUUUAAUUUUCUAAAACCAAAAUGGUUAGCGCUUCUCUUCAAAGACUUUCUGAAGCUGGAGCUGCCACUCAGCGGUGCAGUGUUUGCCUCGCGUGCAGAAGACCCUGGGCUCAAACUCCGGCGCCUACAAAUAAUGACACGGACUGCGUGUAAGAUGGUUCGUUCUACCAACUGAAGUACAGGAAAGUUGGGUUCCUGUGACAAAGGGUGCACACUCCAGUGCCGCAGGCGUGCCCUGGCUUGUCUGUGCUUACACAGGAUUCCUGCUCGCUAACAUGGUUUCCCACUGUGA